GUAACUUUUACAGCAGAUUGGGUUUUGCGCUGUGGAUAAAUGUGCACUCAGGCAGGUGUCACACGAGCAGUGUGUUAUGCGUCAGGAAUAGUCAGCAAAUGCCUGCGGUUUGUAUCCACUGAAAAGGACAGUGCCAUGCAGUGAGUACAUUCUGAAGGUUUCAGAGCAAAGGAGUAACUAGGAAAUGAUGCACAAAAGCUAACUACAAUGAGGUGGAAGCCCUGCAUAAAGUCGUCAUGGUUCUCCAUGUCCACCCUGCACACGUUUCUACUUGGAUUCACAUUUGUUUGCCUCGGUUCAAGCCGCUUGCUUCUGGUGAAAUUUUCCGCCAACAAGGAUAAUACAUAUGACUAUGUGCCAGCCACGGUAAAUGUGUGUGCGGAGGCUGUCAAGCUCUUCUUCUGCAUGAUAAUGGCUUUUAGAGUGAUUCUGAAAGAGAAGCGUUCACUUAGGUGCUGCGUAUGCUUUACGUUAAAGGAAUUCUGUCACUACGUGAAAUGGGCUGUACCAGCAUUUCUCUACUUUUUGGAUAAUCUGAUAAUUUUCUAUGUUUUGACCUACCUACAACCAGCUAUGGCUGUAUUGUUGUCCAAUUUUGUUAUCAUCACAACUGCAUUUUUCUUCAGGAUCAUAUUAAAGAGACAGCUUUCAUAUGUGCAAUGGGCAUCUCUUAUAAUCCUCUUCCUCUCUAUAAUGGGCCUCACAUCUCAAAAUGGCACCCACAAAGAAGUCUCAGUCCAUGAAGUUCACCACAUUUUCCACUCUGCACCAUCCAAUAGUUGCAUUUUUAUGGUGAAGUCGGGUGACACAGGAAGCCAGGAAACGCACAUCCCAGCAAUACAGUCUACCCUAAAGUAUAUGCCUCUGGGGUUCGGACACUUACUCAUCAUACUGCAAUGUGUUAUAUCUGCGCUGGCAAAUAUUUACAACGAGAAAAUACUGAAAGAAGGGGACCAGAUGUCUGAGAGCAUUUUCAUUCAAAAUAGUAAACUUUAUGUGUUUGGUGUUCUGUUCAAUGGACUCACAUUGUCUUUUCACAGUGAGCACUUUAGCAAAAUAAAAUCCUGUGGAUUUUUUUAUGGCCAUAAUGGAUUUUCAAUUGCUCUCAUUUUUGCAACUGCAUUUGUAGGACUGUCAGUGGCUUUCAUAUUAAAAUUCCGGGACAACAUGUUUCAUGUCUUUACAGCACAAGUGACAACUGUUAUAAUUACCAUUGUGUCAUUUUUUGUAUUCAAUUUCAAUCCCUCUCUGGAAUUCUUUUUAGAAGCUCCUGUGGUGGUUCUCUCUAUAUAUAUUUAUAGUGCCAGCAGAAUUACCGAAUCAAAAGGUCCUGCACAACGUGAUAAGCUAAAGAUAGUAAAUGGAGAUGUUUGGGAGCGCUCUCGUGGGGAUGGUCAAGAGCUUGAAAAACUGACUAGAAGAAGUGAUGACUCUGAAACAGAUGAAGAAAUAUUUUAAAGAUUGAAAUGUAUCAGAGACUGAUAAAUACGAGGUCAAAGGUUUCAUACAAGUGUCUUGGGACAAAGUUACAGACCUCUAAAUACAAUAUUUUGGUGUAUACUAAGUGGUUUGCACAAAAUGGAACAUACAGUUGUGCUCAUAAGCUUACAUACCCUAGCAGAAUUUGUGAUUUUCUGGCCAUUUGUCAGAGAAUAUGAAUGAUAACUCACAAACUUUUCUUUCACUCAUGGUUAGUGGUUGGGGGAAGCCAUUUAUUGUCAAACAACUGUGUAUACUCUUUUUAAAUCAUAAUGACAACAGAAACUACCCAAAUGACCCUGAUCAAAAGUUUACAUGCCCCAGUUCUUAAUACCGUGUAUUUCCCCCUUUAACAUCAAUGAUAGCUUGAAGUCUUUUGUGGUAGUUGUGGAUGAGGCUCUUUAUUUUCUCAGAUGGUAAAGCUGCCCAUUCUUCUUGGCAAAAAGCAUCCAGUUCCUGUAAAGUCUUGCAUGAACUGCACGUUUGAGAUCUCCCCAGAGUGGCUCAAUGAUAUUGAGGUCAUGAGACUGAGAUGGUCACUCCAGAACCUUCACUUUAUUCUGCUGUAGCCAAUGACAGGUCGACUUGGCCUUGUGUUUUGGAUCAUUGUCAUGUUGGAACGUCCAAGUACGUCCCAUGCGCAGCUUCCGGGCUGAUGAGUGCAAAUUUUCCUCCAAUAUUUUCUGAUAACAUGCUGCAUCCAUCUUGCCAUCAAUUUUAACCAAGUUUCCAGUGUCUUUGUAGCUCGCACAUCCCCAAAACAUCAGCGAUCCACCUCCGUGUUUCACAGUAGGAAUGGUGUGCCUUUCAUCAUAGGCCUUGUUGACUCCUCUCCAAAUGUAACGUUUAUGGUUGUGGCCAAAAAGUUUAAUUUUGGUCUCUUCACUCCAAAUUACUUUGCUCCAGAAGUUUUGAGGCUUGUCUCUGUGCUGUUUGGAGUAUUGUAAGCGGGAUGCUUUGUGGCAUUUGCGUAGUAAUGGCUUUCUUCUGGCGACUCGACCAUGCAGCCCAUUUUUCUUCAAAUGCCUCCUUAUUGUGCAUCUUGAAACAACCACACCACUUUUUUUCAGAGAGUCCUGUAUUUCAGCUGAAGUUAUUUGUGGAUUUUUCUUUGCAUCCUGAACAAUUUUCCUGGCAGUUGUGGCUGAAAUUUUUGUUGGUCCACCUGACCGUGAUUUGGUUUCCACAGAAUCCCUCAUUUUCCUCUUCUUAAUUAGAGUUUGAACACUGCUGAUUGGCAUUCUCAAUUGCUUGGAUAUCUUUUUAUAUACCUUUCCUGUUUUAUACAGUUCAAUUACCUUUUCCCGCAGAUCCUUUGACAAUUCUUUUGCUUUCCCCAUGACUCAGAAUCCAGACACGUCAGUGCAGCACUGGAUGAAAGAUGCAAGGGUCUUUCAGGAGUCCAGAAACUCACAAACUGACAACUGGCCAGAAAAUCACAUUCUGCUAGGGUAUGUAAACUUAUGAGCACAACUGUAUUUACUCUGCACUGUCAUUUUACAAGGUUAAACAGGACCAUAUAUAAGUGGAAUGUCCACGGUAAUUAAAAUAUUGCUAUGCAUUUAUCAUCCCAAACUGAACAUAAUUAACAAUGCUCAGUGCAGGUCUGGGGCUCUGUGACCCCCUGUAGUUUUCCUUAAGCUUAAAUAUCCAUUAUCAGUGUGCACCUUAUACCUUAUGUAUUACAACAACUGCUCUGUAAAGAUCGGUGUUGAAAUAAACCUGAGCUGAGAGAAACAGUGGGAAAAGGACACGGGUAGAUCUCAAUGUAAUAGUCAAAUAAUCUAAUCUGGAAGUCGUUUUUUAGUAGAUUCAUGAAAAAUGUUAUUGCUGGCAGAGAACACUCUAAAGUAAGAUGUUCUAGUCUGAGUGAACAAUGAUCCCCUUUUAGAAGUUGUCCUGUUUUUUUCUAUGGAAGAUUACUGCGAAUCAAACAUGGUCCCAAAAUAUAUUUGUACAUGAGUGCCUUAGACCUUAUUAUGCAGGAUCUCUAUAACGCAGGACAUUUUACAUUCCCUAACUGUACAGUGUGACAGCUGGAAAAAUGGUAAUAAGAGAGUGCAAGACCGUAAUCUACCAAAAUAUAAAGCUUUGUUACCUCUGUAAAUCUGCUGACCACUGGGUGCUAAAUAGUGUAGUAGUCUUUAAGGGCAGAUUUAGUUACCCACUAGCAACAUCAUAUGAUGCUCGCUGCGCACAUAGCUCACUCAUGCUCGCAACUCCUUGGGCUGCAAGCAGAAAUGAGUGAGACACAUUCCAUGAAACUAGUCCAGCAGUAGCUCACGUGUGAUUGGCCACUCAUUGUGGAUAAUAAGAACUUUCAUAUUCUUUCUGAAUAGAUUGCUAGUGCGUAAUAGAUUUUAUUUUUUCCAGUGAAUCUGCAGUAUUAUUAAUCCUAGGCAGGAUAAGUGUAGGGCCACACAUAGUGGCCAAACAGGUCCCAUUCAGUGGUACCCAUUUGGCCGCAAGAAGACUGCACAUGGGCAACGAGAACACAUACAUUUCAAUGUAUGUGUUCACACAGUGUGGCUGUGCCGCUCUGCUCCAUUGAAAUCCCUGGCCGGAUCCGUGUGCACACAAAUCCCCCUUCCCGGCCAAGUGGGACCCGCUUGCCCGCUAUGUGCGGCCCCAGCCUAACACUUCUUUAAUGGUAUUGGGAGGUUAGCUUACUUCAAUAGAUCUGGAUGAUGACAAAAUAGGUUAAAAAAAGGUCACAUUUGCAAUGUUUGAUUGGCUUUUGGAAUGUAUAUAACAGUUGUGCUUUAAAAGUGUUCAAUGUUAUGUCAUCAAUAUUGUUUUCCCGCUAUCUGUACUGUUAUCGAAGCCUGCGAAUAAACACAGCCAAUGCCUAGACAAAAUGCUUCUUUUUGUGAUAACUCAUGGUAAAAAUGAAUCUUCCUCUCUUCUAGAGAACACUUUUGAAAAUGCAACAUUAA